AUGGAGCCCUCGCACAAAGACGCCGAGACGGCGGCGGCGGCGGCGGCGGUGGCGGCGGCGGACCCCCGCGCCGCAGCCGCGUCCAGCGGGGUGGUGGUGCAGGUCCGCGAGAAGAAGGGCCCCCUGCGCGCCGCCAUCCCCUACAUGCCCUUCCCCGUGGCUGUCAUCUGCCUCUUCCUCAACACCUUCGUGCCGGGACUGGGGACGUUCAUCUCAGCCUUCGCCGUGCUGUGUGGAGCGCGUACUGACCUCCCGGACAGGCACGUGUGCUGUGUCUUCUGGCUGAACAUCGCAGCGGCCCUCAUCCAGACCCUCACGGCCAUUGUCAUGGUGGGCUGGAUCAUGAGCAUCUUCUGGGGCAUGGACAUGGUCAUCCUCGCCAUUUCUCAAGGCUACAAGGAACAGGGCAUCCCACAGCAGCUGUGAGCCCCAAGGAGCCACCAGGAACUCCAGGGUGGUCCGCGAGGGCCGCAGAGGCAGCGGCGAGCACAGGGACCCUUCACAUUCUCUUCUGCUCUUUCCUGGGUUUGCAGCGCCAAGCGGGGGCGAUUUAAAAAAAUUUUUUUCUUUUGAAAACACAUCUGCUCUUCUUGGCCGGCGGUGAGGCUGCCGCCCCUUCCCCUGCUCCAGGAAAACAAGCAUCUCAAGUGGGGUAGGGAUGAGGUCCGGAUUGCCGACAGCGAGGCUGGCAUGCUGGGCUCACCCCUGCCUCGCACGGCUCUUCGCCCCCAGCAAGGGCCAGGGCCGCAGGGCUCAGCGAGGGCCAGGACGUGGCACACACUUCCCCUGGGUCCCCAGCCCCUGUCUGGGCGUCCGCGCUGUGGUCCUGGUGGGGGGGAAGGGGGCACAGCAGGGGUGAGGGUGAGGACGCACAUCCCAGCCCGACGUGGACAGGCCUGCAGUGUCUCCUGGCCCUGCCUGCCCUUAACUGCAGCCCACCCCCUUCCUUGCCCUUGAAAUCUCCGGGCCUGGGUGUGUUUUGACCUCUGUUUCCCUGGAAGGAGGCCAGUGACCCCAUCCCCCCGCACAUCUGCUAGCGUGGCCGGUGUCCAUCCACAGAGGCCCCGCGCAGACGUGCGUGCGAGCCGGCCGGAAGCAUUCUCGUCCUUCCUAAUGCCCUUUCUGGCCCUUCGGAAAUCCUCGGGGCUGGACGGGUCUCAGGACUCAGAAAACCUGGAUCUGACACAGAACGAGGGAACUUCACUGCCCGGAGCGGCUCCCCGCCACCCAGCGCAGGGCUGCUGCGCAGACACGUGAACAGUCUGACCAACAGGUAGCCUCCCCGUACUCGGUGCAGGUCUGACUUGGGCCUCAGUAAGUCACGGAGGAAAACUCGCCGUUCAGGGGCAUUUGGGGACAGAGGGCGGCAAAAAAAGAAAACCGCAGGAGUCGUGCACUUCUCUCUGAAAACCCCUGUGCACACAAGGCACGGGGGACAUGGCUGUUGCGACAGAAAUUCCUCCCCCUGCAAAGGGACAGUGGGGCCUUUGCGGUGCCUGUGUGACCGUCAGGGACCUGUGGGGGGUGGGCGGGCAGGAGCUCACGGAAGUUGUUCAGGCCACCGCGGGUCGAGUGUUGAUCGGAGGUUAAGAGAAAGGAGAUCCGAGGUCACGGGAUCAGGUGAACUGCCGCGUGUCUGUUUUCAUCCCCCGGGAAUCGUGACAUUGUGG